GUUUACCCCUUACGCCCAGAAGUACAACGAAUCAACGCUGGAAAGUUGCUCGAGCAAAUUAACAUCUGUGGUCCGGUGAAGGCGGGACAGACGCGCAUUUUCUGGGAGCUCGGUAAGUUUCCGGCCGUGGCGGUGACCGGCCUGGGCGACGCAUCGAAAUGGGACGAGCUGGACGAGAUCGAUGGUGCGAAGGAGAACGUGCGCAUAGCGGCGGCGGCCGGCGUCCGGGCACUGUCGGCGAACAAGAUCGCGGACAUCGUGGUGGAGGACAUGGAGGCGCAUGCUCAGCAGGCGGCCGAAGGUGCAACGCUGGCCAACUACAAGUUUCAGGCGUUCAAGAGCAAGGAUAAGCAAACGCCCUUGCCAACAGUAAUGUUUGCGGAGGACGCGAGCGGGAAGGCCGACUGGGAGCGGGGUGUGAUCAUUGCUGAGGCGCAGAAUUUCGCUCGUGUAUUGAUGGAAACACCGGCCAAUCACAUGACGCCCAGUAUAUUUGCCGACACCGUGAAGCAGCGGCUGGGCGCGGCAAACGUUGAGGUGGUGGUGCACGACGAAGCGUGGGCUAGGGAGAAAGGGAUGGGCUCGUUCCUGUCGGUCACGAACGGUUCGACGGAACCGGCCCGCUUUCUGGAGCUGACGUACCGCGGUUCUACCGACGAGCAGUGUGUAGCGCUCGUUGGCAAGGGAAUUACGUUCGAUUCCGGCGGCAUCAGCCUGAAGCCGUCGGCCAACAUGGAUCAGAUGCGGGCCGAUAUGGGUGGUGCGGCCAACGUGGUGUCUACGAUACUGGCCCUGGCACAGCUGAAGGCCCCGGUGCACGUGAAGGGGUUCGUUCCACUGUGCGAAAACAUGCCCAGCGGCACGGCAACCAAGCCGGGCGAUGUGGUGUACGCAAUGAACGGCAAGAGCAUCUGCGUCGACAAUACGGAUGCCGAGGGUCGGCUCAUCCUGGCCGAUGCGCUAUGUUACGCAUCGACGUUCAAGCCAAAGUUCAUCCUCGAUAUCGCAACGCUUACCGGUGCGAUUAAGGUGGCGCUCGGGGACUGCGUUUCCGGCGUGUUCUCGAGCAACAACAAGCUGUGGGAAGCGAUUCACGAGGCGGGCUCGCAGACGGGCGACCGUGUGUGGCGCAUGCCGCUGUUCAAGCACUACAGCGACCAGAUGUGCGACCACAACGGGUACGAUCUGAACAAUCUGGGCAAGGGCAAGGGUGGCGGUUCCUGUACCGCCGCUGCCUUCUUGCGCGAGUUCGUACCGAAGGAUACGCCGUGGCUGCACGUGGACAUUGCCGGUGUGAUGGGCGAUUGCAGCGAUCAGAGCUAUACCGGGUCGAAGGGAAUGUCGGGCCGUCCGAUGCGUACGCUGGUAGAGUUCGUUACCAAGGUCGGAAGUGCCUAAAUGAGAGGGGCGGGGAAUAUUGGGCUAGCACAUACACAACGUCAGUGUACGAAAGGUAGCAUUUGGCGAAUGCUUUAAUCCAGUAUAUGCAUUUGCGCGCAAUUAUGUUGCUCUCCCGUGUUCGGUCAAUCAGUUAGAUUCGUUUUGCCAUCGAUAACAGUACUAGCAUCACUUUAUAAAGCAUUAAUACAUUAUUUAGUGGAAGAAAGGAAGUUGUUUUUUAUUUUGAGUGCUAUUCACGGUUGGCAUCGCUUUGUUUGUUAAGCAUGUGGAAAAGGAAAGUUGUUGGUAAAUAAAUAGUCAAACCGUAA